AAAUAAAGUAAUGGAAGACAAAACCUAUCCUAUAUAGUACACAUGUAAUUGAAGGUUUGCCUGUUUCAAUAUUUUAACAAUAGGAUGGGCACAAAAAUCCUUCAAUUUUGGUCAUAUUUUUUCCUCAUUCUUUUCCUUUCAUCUCAUGGAUGUUUUUCCCAAAAUGAAGAAGAAGAAGGAAUCAAAAGAUCAGAUUUUCCAAAGCAUUUCCUCUUUGGAACUGCCACUUCCUCUUACCAGAUUGAAGGGGCCUAUAAUGAAGAUGGGAAGGGAGUAAGUAAUUGGGAUGUUUUUUCCCAUAUUCCAGGAAAGAUUAAGAACAACGACACCGGAGACGUUGCCAACAAUCACUACCACCGGUUUCUGGAAGAUAUUGAGUCAAUACAUUCCAUGGGGAUGAACAGUUAUCGCUUUUCCAUUUCUUGGACUCGAAUUUUACCUGAAGGAAGAUUUGGUAAAGUGAACAGAAGAGGGAUCACUUUCUACAACAAAAUCAUUGAUAGUUUGUUGCUUAAAGGCAUAGAGCCGUUCGUGACAAUUCACCAUUUUGAUCUUCCAUUUGAACUUGACCAAAGAUACGGAAGUUGGAUGAGCUCUCAAAUGCAGGAAGAUUUUGUGUAUUUUGCAAAAAUUUGUUUCGAAGAAUUUGGAGACAGAGUGAAGCAUUGGAUAACGAUAAAUGAGAUAAAUCAAAUCGCAAAAGCGGCCUACUUAAAUGGAGUUUCCCCUCCAGGCCACUGCUCGCCACCUUUUGGAAAAUGCUUAGCCGGCAACUCGGAUAUUGAACCUCUCAUUGUUGUACACAACAUGUUACUUGCCCAUGCCAAGGCUGUUAACCUUUACCGCAUCUAUUUCCAAGAAAAACAAGGUGGAUCCAUAGGAAUAGCAGCAGGUGGAAAUAUGUAUGAACCAUUAACAGACAGCGAAUUUGACAAACAUGCUGCUGAGAGAGCCUUGAUUUUCGACUUUUCCUGGGUGUAUGAUCCUCUUGUAUAUGGAGAUUAUCCUAAGGAAAUGAGAGAAAUUUUAGGAAACCAACUUCCAAGUUUCUCAGACAUUGAGAAAAAUACUAUAAAAGAAAGUUUGGACUAUAUUGGCAUCAACCACUAUGCUACUUUAUAUACAAAGGAUUGUCUUCAUUCCACUUGCUCCUUUGAAGGUUCAUAUCAUCCUAUACAAGGAUUUCUUGAAACUACAUGGUAUCGAGAUGACAUUUCCAUUAGAGAGACUAGUGAAGCAGCAUUCGUUGUUGUUCCAAGAGGCUUGGAGGAAAUAAUUAACUAUGCUAAAGAAAGGUAUCCUAACAAGCCAAUCUUUAUCACAGAAAACGGUUGUUCUCCACCACUUGGCAAUGGUAACAAAGUUGAGGACAUUUUAAAUGACACAAAACGAAUCUAUUACCACAAGAAUUACCUUGCUUCCUUGGCUAAAGCAUUGAGGAAUGGUGGUGAUGUGAGAGGGUAUUUUGUUUGGUCCUUAAUGGACAACUUUGAAUGGGCUAAUGGGUACACCACAAGAUAUGGGCUUUUGUAUGUGGACCGACACACACUUAAGCGUCGGCCCAAACUUUCGGCCCAAUGGUUUGCUUCUUUCCUCGGCGGCAACCUACAACAACUUGAUAAAUCUUCAUCCUUCCUCAAUACAAAUGCCUCUUCCUCCCUCAUGGAUGCUUAAGAAGCCAAAUGCUUUUGGAAACAAAGAAAGCAAAAAAAAAAAACUACUUUUAUUCAUUCUCAUUAUUGCAUCAAUUUCAUUAAUAAAAAGAAAUCAUGUUCUAAAGUCCUUGUUGCUAAGAAAGAUAAUGAUCCAUGAUAGGGGUGUUCAAAAAACCCGAUGACCCAUGCGGUUUGGGUUGGAUUAUCAAAUAAAUGAAAAUUUUAUGGAUUUGUUUGAUUCAUGGGUUCAGCUAAUAUAACCCAAAUCAAUCCAUGAACAUCCCUAAUCCAUGAUUAUUAACUUGAUUAAAUUUACUCAUUAUUUGUUUUCUUUUCACUUGUACUCUAUGGUGUCACUACUAAAAAUGUUAUUUCUAGUCAAGGUUUAAGUGAAGGAGAUCAUUUAUGUCUCUA